AUGGCAGGAUUCUUUUCCAAAAAGCCCAACGUACAAGAGCAGAUUAGAGCAAAUGACAGAGUGCUGAAGAAACAGACCAGAGACCUAGACAGGGAUAGAAAUGCCCUGGAAAGAGAGGAGAAAAAGCUUGAAAUGGAGAUCAAGAAGGCAGCAAAACAAGGCAACAAACAGGCUGCAACUACUCUUGCGAAGCAGCUAAUUAAUUUGAGAAAACAGAAAACAAAAAGCUAUUCAAUGGGGUCAAAGAUUUCAGCCAUCGGCAACCAGCAGAAGGUGAUGAGCUCCAACAUGAAGAUGGCAACUGCGAUGGGCACAACAACAAAGACGAUGGCACAGAUGAACAAGGUCAUGGACCCCCAGAAAACGGCAGCCAUGAUGAGGGAGUUUGAAAAGGAGUCUGCCAAGAUGGAUAUGACAGGGGAAAUGAUGGAUGAUACCCUGGAUGAUAUCCUGGCAGAAUCUGGGGAUGAAGAAGAGGAAGAUGCCAUUGUCAACCAAGUUCUUGAUGAAAUCGGCAUUGAAAUCUCAGGAAAGCUUUCGGACGCCCCAGCAGCCCACAGAGGACGGUUGGGUGAAUCUACAAGUACAGCAGAUGCAGAAAUAGAAAGACAGCUAGCAGCGCUGAAGAACUUGGAUUAG